AUGAGGUUAGAAACAAGCACAUUAUUGGACACUUUACGAGCAGCACUUGUAACAUUCGGAAUGCUGUUGAUGGCAUCAUCGUUUUGCAAAACCAAUACAAAACCUGACAAGCUAGCAGAUAGGCGCUCUGGGGAAAGUAAAGAAGACCAACAGAAACUGGAAACGUCCCUCAAUUCAGGCAGCUCCUCGAAAAUGAGCUCGUCCUCUUUAGCAGAAUCAAAGAGAGCCAAAAGUGCUCUGGAGAGUGAUAGCGAGAGUACAAAGACUGCAACUGGUCUUGAACAGAUCUCGAAGAAAUACGAGAAGAGUGACGCAAAGGAAAAAGUUAAUGAAGAGAAGAAUUUCAUGAAAACGCAGAAUUUAAUCCAAAGCCACAAGAAUGUAGUAGUUGAAAAGAAAAGAAAUGCCGAAAAGGUUGAAAGGAUUAGUAAAGAGGAUAAAGCUGGGAAGGGUAAUGGAGCAGUAGAACAAAAAGGGCUCGAAGUGAAAACUGGUGAGGAACUGGUUCCUUCUGUGAUCAAGCCAGUACCGGUUGACUGCGCUGCACUGCCGCCAUGGAUUUUGGAGGAAGCAGAAGGGAAAACGCAAGAAUUACUGCCUGAAGAUGAAAAACCGCUGGAACAGUCGAAAACAGCUCUGAAAUCUGGGAAGAGGACUGCUAUAUCGAUUGGUGAGGGUCAACAAGUUCGGGCUAAGUCGAGUGAGUUGCCAUCGAAGAGAUGGGUGUACAAACCAAGGAAACCAGAAGAAUACGUGUCUCUGUUUGCCGGUUCUCUAACACCAAAGCUGGCUGCUACUGCAAAAACAGUGCUUCUGGCAAAUCCUCCUUUGGGUGGUGGGUCAGCUGCUGUAUUCAAAUGGGAUACGCAGCAGUCAUUGAUUACAUCGACACCAGUGGAGGUGCACACUGCACUUGUAAAGUCUCCAUCAUCUGCACUUCCGGAGCUGCCAAGUUCUGGUUUCAAAUUCCCAGCAACGUUUCAGUCGAAAUCAGCCAUCGAACUAUGUCCUAAGGGUCGAGCGCAGCAAGCCGAAUCGUCAACCGUCGUCAAAUCGACUUCUUCGCCUUCACCCACGUCACAAGCAAAGGCGGAAGCAGUUGUAAGUGGAGUUUGGGUCUGA